UCAGUUCCUAGCUAGGCUCCGCUCGCCACUUCCGCUCGUCGGCCUAGAAUCGCGCCUGCGCGCUGAGUCUCUUCCUCUCUGGGCUCGGACCUAGUUGGUGGCGGAAUGGCUAAACGCACCAAGAAGGUCGGCAUCGUCGGUAAAUACGGGACCCGCUAUGGUGCCUCCCUCCGGAAAAUGGUGAAGAAAAUUGAAAUCAGCCAGCAUGCCAAGUACACCUGCUCCUUCUGUGGCAAAACUAAGAUGAAGAGACGAGCUGUGGGGAUCUGGCACUGUGGUUCCUGCAUGAAGACGGUAGCUGGUGGUGCCUGGACCUACAACACCACUUCGGCUGUCACAGUGAAGUCUGCUAUCAGAAGACUGAAAGAAUUGAAAGACCAGUAGAAGCUCCAUAGACAUUUGGAAUAUCACUAGCCUACAAUAAAUGGGUUAAUUUAUGUAACAGAA